AAGGGUAACCUCGUCAAUUCGCAAAACCGUUUGUGUGAAUGAAUAUAAAAUAUAAAAAUAUCGCAGCGUGUUAGAAUUGGAUGGAACUCAACUCAGUCCAGCAAGUCGCCGGAAACUCUCAUCGCGAAGUCUUCUGUCGAUCGUGGUUAUUAUCUAAUGGGGAAGGACUCAAAAGCAAAGGACUCUGGAAAAGGCAUGGGAAAGCAAUCAGGAGGUGGAAGUGAAGAAAGUGCUACAAAGGGGAAAGGGAAAUCUGGCAAGGCUUCAGACGGACUUGGCACUUGCACCUAUGUCAAAGCAAGGCAUAUAUUGUGUGAGAAGCAAGGAAAAGUCAAUGAAGCAUAUAAGAAGUUACAGGACGGUUGGCUAAGUAAUGGAGAUAAAGUUCCUCCGGCUGAGUUUGCAAAGUUGGCUGCAGAAUACUCAGAGUGCCCAUCAGGCAAAAAAGGUGGUGACCUUGGAUGGUUCCCUCGAGGAAAGAUGGCAGGCCCAUUUCAGGAUGUUGCUUUCAACACUCCAGUGGGAGUUACCAGUGCUCCAUUCAAAUCAACGCAUGGCUAUCACAUAAUCUUGUCUGAGGGGAGAAAGAAUUGACGAAACCCACUUUUUCAGAUGGCGAAAUCUGAUAAAAAGAACAAUGGCUGCUGCUGCUGCUGCUGCUGCUUAGUUUUAUACCAUCCUUUGAUGGUGAACCUAAUAUGUUUGGUCCUUGAAUCAACAGAUUUAUAAGCAGGGUUGACAUUUGGAAGCUUUAUUUUGAAUUGUUUUCCAGUUUAGUACAUGGAUAAGCUUAUAUUCCUACUCC